AUGGUUGAAAAUUUCUUAAUUGAUCCCAUGCACAGCAUCUUGAUGGGCCUUGUUUCAGACCUUGGGGAAGAACUUAUAACUAAUUCCAACAACUUGAUGACAGAGGAGGAGAGAGACAUCUUGGCAAACAGAUUGAAUGCUGUGAGGGUGCCCUACGAUCUUGGAAGGCUACCAAAGACAAUGCUCGACAAGAUGUCAGCGCGGGUUGAAAGCACAACAGUGGAAGAAUUUCAUUGUCACCUAUGCAAGGGUCUGUUUAUGGAAUGUAGUACCAAACAGAUUUUAUGAUGCCACAAAAUGUCUUGCUGAGGCAGUUGAACUGCUUCUGAAAGACCCCAUAACAAGGGAUGAAGUAAACAAUAUCUCUUGUCUUCUUCACAAGCACCAUGGACUGUAUUCAAAAGUGUUUGGAAAAUUUGAGGUAAGUGUUAAUUAUCACAUGACUCUACACAUCCCUAAGCUCAUUCAGAAUUGGGGACCUCCUACCAGCUGGUGGUGCUUUCCUUAUGAAAGACACAUUGGUCUGUUAGGAGAUGUCAACACCAGUGGGAAAACUGUAGAAGAGGAGAUUUUUAGAAACUUUGUCAUGCAGCAUUUAAUUGAUGUUGCAAAGUUACCACUACUUGACAAGGUAAGUGAAAAUGAUAUUCCCUCUUCUUUAAAGCCACUUAUGAAACACAAAGACAGUGAACAUCUGGAAGAGGGAACAGAAGAAUGGUCAGUUUUUCAAAGAAUCCAAGCAGAACGUCUUUUCAGAGGGACAGAAAAUAUGUACAUGGCACCCUCAAGAACAUCUGUGACCAAUUUGGACAUCCAAAUGACAGUUGAACAAGAGGACAUAGACAAAAUCGACCAAAAAUGGCCUGUUAAGAUGCUUCCUCCAAUGAGGAUCAAGCAAAGACCAAAGUUUGAAUUUUACAAUGAGCUGAAAGAUUACAUGUCAGACAUCCAUGAGGAUUCAUUUCUGUUUGUCGAGCCCCGUAUAGAUACCUUUGCGAGAUGUAUGGUAAAUGGUUCCACCUUUUCAUCCUCUUACAACAGAACUGACAGGGGCCAGACAGCUCUGAUCUAUUGUGUGGACAAAUUAGACAAACCUGAAAGUAAAACUGAGGUUUCUCCUUACUUUGGUCAGGUACGUUAUUUUUUUACUGCACGAGUUCAUUUGAAAGACUUGAUGGGAGCUACUAGUAUGCGAGUUCAUCACCUUGCAAGUGUGGACUGGUUUUAUUUUGCCAACAAGAACCAUGAUGCGGAUAAACUCUCUGGACUUCCUGCAGUAAAGAACAGCUUAUAUCGUGGAGAGCACAUCGUAAAUGUUAGACGGUUGAUACGGAGAGUGACUUUGCUUCCAGUCAAAAAGAACUAUCUUCUGGUAGCUAAUCUGAGUCGAUGA